UUCAGAGACUAAUAGAGAUCAGAAGGGCAGCAAAAUGCCAAAGAAAAGUGAUACAGCAAGAAAACUGGAAGAUGUGGGAAUAGAAAUUGAUGGAGAUGUGGAGAGUGCUGAAGAGGACAAGAAAGCAAAAGGCAAGGGUGCUAAAAAAACAGCAGCCGGUAAGUGGGGCAAAGCAGCAGCCAGUGAGGACGGUGAGGAUGAAGAUGAGGAUGAUGAACCUCCAAGAGGUCGUCGAGCGGCCAAUAAAAAGAAAGCAGCCCAUGCAGAUGAGGAAGAUAGCGAUGAUGAUAUUCCACAGAGGAGAUGUGCCGGGAACAGGAGAAGAGGAAAAGUACGAGAGAGUGGGCGAGAUGGGGAAAAUGAGAAGUCCGGCAGAAAAAACAGGAAAGGUGGGAACAAAAAGAAGGAUGGUAAGGGGAAAGGAAAAGACAAGGAAAAUGACAAAGACAGCGACAAAGAUGAAAAGAAGAAAAAGAAUAGUAGUGGUGAUGAUUCCAAAUCAGAUGAAGAGGAGGAGUCCAUGUCUGAAGGAGAAAUGGCCAAACUGAUGGAGGAGGUGGAGGAGAAGAAGAAACUGAUAGCAAACAUCAGGAGCAAGCCCUGGCGAAUGAGAAGACGACUUCAAGUCCUCAAAGAGGCUCAGCAGUUUGUGGAUAAAUUUGAAGGUGCUUUGGGCAAAGGGAAAGGCAGGAAACUGUAUGCCUACAAAGUAAUGAUGAUGAAGAAAUGGAUAAAGUUUCAAAGAGAUUUUGAAAAUUUUAGGACAUCUUGCAUCCCAUGGGAGCGGAAAAUAAAGGAAGUUGAGAGUCAUUUUGGCUCCUCAGUUGCUUCAUACUUUAUUUUCCUCCGUUGGAUGUACGGCAUGAACUUGGUCCUCUUCAGCUUGACCUUUGGCCUGGUUGUGAUACCAGAGGUUCUCAUGGGGCUCCCAUACGGGUCCCUUCCUCGGAAAACUGUGCCGAGAGAAGAGCAAGCCACUGCUAUGGACUAUUCUGUUCUCACGGAUUUCAAUGGUUACUGCAAGUACUCAGUACUUUUCUAUGGCUACUAUAAUAACCAAAGAACCAUUGGCUUCCUGAAGUUUCGUCUCCCUCUGUCUUACCUCCUGGUGGGCAUUGGGACCUUCGGGUAUAGCCUCAUGGUUGUGAUCAGAACGAUGGCUAAAAACGCAGAUGUGGGGGGAGGGGACGGAGAAGACAAUGAGUUCACCUUUGCCUGGAAGAUGUUCACCAGCUGGGAUUAUCUUAUUGGGAACGCUGAGACAGCCGACAAUAAAUACGCCUCCAUCACCACCAGCUUCAAAGAGUCCAUUGUGGAUGAGCAGGAGAACCAAAAGGAUGAGAACAUUCAUCUAAGGAGAUUCUUACGUGUCCUAGCCAACUUUUUCAUCACCUGUACACUGGGAGGAAGUGGCUAUCUCAUUUACUUUGUGGUCAAACGUUCCCAAGAUUUUGCCAACAUGGACAACCUCUCAUGGUAUGAGAAGAAUGAGCUUGAGAUCAUUAUGUCUCUGCUGGGAUUGGUGGGUCCAAUGCUCUUUGAGACCAUCGCUGAGCUGGAGGAAUACCAUCCACGUAUAGCUCUCAAGUGGCAGCUGGGGCGUAUAUUUGCGCUCUUCCUUGGCAACCUCUACACAUUUUUGCUUGCUCUGUUCGAUGAGGUCAAUUCGAAACUUGAAGAGGAGGAAUCUAUAAAAAACGCCAGCCUUUGGUACAUAAAGGAGUAUUACGCCAACUACUCAGCUAACAACCCAAAUGACACAGGCACCCCACCUCCUAUGGACCCCGCUGAUAUCAUCAGAGGCCCAUGCUGGGAAACUACAGUGGGAAUAGAGUUUGUGAAGCUGACCAUAUCAGAUAUACAAGUGACUUAUCUGACCAUCCUCAUCGGUGACUUUCUGAGAGCGUUGAUUGUGCGUUUCCUGAACUACUGCUGGUGCUGGGAUCUGGAAGCUGGCUGGCCCUCCUAUGGUGAAUUUGACAUAAGCGGCAAUGUGCUUGGUUUGGUGUUUAACCAAGGAAUGAUCUGGAUGGGGGCAUUCUAUGCUCCUGGUUUGUUGGGCAUCAAUGUACUGCGGCUCCUGACCUCCAUGUAUUAUCAGUGUUGGGCUGUAAUGGCCUGUAAUGUCCCACAUGAGAGGGUGUUUAAAGCUUCCAAAUCCAAUAACUUCUACAUGGGCCUGUUACUGCUCAUCCUCUUCCUGAGUCUCCUGCCUGUGGUUUACACUAUCAUGUCUCUGCCUCCCUCCUUUGACUGUGGACCCUUCAGUGGGAAACAAAGAAUGUUUGACGUCAUUAUGGAGACCAUUGAUCUAGAUCUACCUGCGUUUAUGGGGACGCUCUUCAGCUACGUAGCAAACCCUGGACUCAUUAUACCAGCAGUUCUUCUCAUGGUUCUGGCCAUUUACUACCUGAAUUCUGUGUCAGAGGCCUAUAAGAACGCCAACAUGGAGCUAAAAAAGAAAAUGCAGAUGGCAAGAGACGAAGAGAAGAACAGACGGAACAACAAAGACAGCACUAACCAGGUGAUGAAGGACCUGGAGGAUCUACUUCCAAAACGCUCUCCUGCUACUCCAGAGAAUAGCGCAGAAAAAAAACAUGACCAGGGUGGAAAAUCUCCAAAAGUGAAACCAGGCUCAGCUGGAGGUGGCGUGCAUCUGCAGAAAGAUGUGUCACUCGCAUCAGCUAAUCCUAGUGCACGGGGGCCUGUGACUCGAGCGCCAGGCCCCAGGGGACCUGGACCUCUACCUGGCCAACCAGGGCCAGGCAGGGGUCAAGGGCCACCCCCUAGACGGCAGUAA